UUGGAGUUUGUAAAAAUAUUUCAACUGUUUUUUCUUUCUUUUUUCUUCUUAAUUUCCCCUUCGUUUAAUCCCCGCUUCUCUGAAUCCCUUUCUGUCAUCGUCUGUCUUUCAAUUAGUCUGUUUUUGGGUUUGUUUUCUUGAAGAUUUUUGAGUCAAAACUGUGGGAAAACAAACAAACCCAGAAGGGUUUUUUUUGGAAGUCAGGUGAUUCAGAACAGAGAUCCAGAUUUUUCUCUUGUUUUUUCUUGUUUUUGAGGUUAAAUUUAGUGUUGUUUUUUUGUUUGAUCAAUCAAGAGGGUUUGUUUUUGUAAUCUCCCUCAAGCUGGUAUUUUUUCAGUUCACCUGGGGUUUUCUCAUUUUGCUUUAGAAAAGCUUCCUGUGUUCUUUAAUUUUGAUAAGAAACAGGUUGGUUGCUUGUUCUCUAAGGUAUUGGAAAAGUCAUGGCAGCAGCUAUAGAUAUUUACAGCAGCAGCAGCCAAGCAACACAAGUAUUCUCUGAUCCUUUUAGAGAAGAGCUCAUGAAAGCACUUGAACCUUUUAUGAAAAGUGCCAAUACCCAUAAUAAUAACUCACCAAUUUCUUCUUCUUCUCCUCCUUCUUCUUCUACUUCUUCUUAUUACCCUUUUUCCUCAUCUUUUUCUCAACCUAGUUUUUACCAUGAAACUUGCUCACCAUCAACUACCCAAGUGUUUUCUCACAUGGGUUUUGAGCAAACAGGAUCAUUAGGCCUUAACCAGCUUACCCCAUCUCAGAUUCUCCAAAUCCAAGCACAAAUUUACUUCCAACAACAACAACAAAAUAAUCUUGCCAUGAUGACCACUACUUCCAACAACUUCAACAACUACCUCGGUCCGAGGACGGUUCCGAUGAAGAACGCCGGUCCCACCUCAAAACCCAAUAAGCUCUACAGAGGCGUCAGACAGAGGCAUUGGGGGAAAUGGGUCGCCGAGAUAAGACUCCCUAAGAACAGAACCCGCCUUUGGCUCGGCACCUUUGACACCGCCGAGGAAGCCGCUUUGGCUUACGACAAGGCGGCGUUCAAGCUCCGGGGAGACUUCGCUCGCCUCAAUUUCCCCCACCUCCGCCACGACGGCUCUCAUGUUUCGGGCGACUUCGGUCAGUACAAGCCUCUCCAUUCCUCCGUGGAUGCGAAGCUUCAGGCCAUUUGUCAAAGCCUGCAGGCUAAUGCGCAGAAACGGGAGACCUGUCCGGAGCCAGAGACAAAACCAACAGUUGAGCCGAAAGUCGAAUCGGAGGCUUCUUGCUCGUCGCCAUCAUCGUCGUCGUCGCCACCGCCGUCAUUGUCGGAUGAGUCCUCUGCGGGGUCGUCUUCACCGGAAUCCGAUAUCAUGUUGUUGGAUUUCUUCGAUUCUCGGUGGGAUGAGUGUGAGAAUUUUGGGGCGCUGGGGAAGUACCCUUCGGUGGAGAUUGAUUGGGACGCUCUGUGAUCAAAGUCUUUAGCUAUGUCUUUUUAAUUUUUCAAAGUUGUUAGUUGUUUUCUUUAAGUCUUUUAGUUGUAUAAGCACAGCUUCUGCGGUGGAAUUUUAAACGUUGCAGGGGUUUAGCUUAGUUUGUUUAGUAGGAAGGGGUAAGAUCAGAUGUUUUAUGUUGUAAUAAAAUAAUUUAUGUCGUGUGAUUUCUCCUUUGUUGGUCGGCGGGUAGUUUUUUUCCUUGCUAGGCCAUGGGAGAUUUCUCUGGGUUGCGAGUCUUUUUGUAUUUUCUACACUUGAAUGUAAUUAAGCAGGUCCACUGAUAUAAUAUUGUCUA